UGCGACAGUAGCGCUGCGGCCGGUAGAAAAACGAACUCAUGCCGACAUCGAUCUACUCCGGUGGCGUGUUGAAAGAUUUCUUUUUUACGAACGAAAUAUUGAAAUAAACGCGUUUGCGCGUAAUGUCGGUGGUGCUAGUGCGUUGAAAAUUGUAAAAGAACGUACUGUGCGUGAUAUUUUAUAUAAUGUUACGUGGUUUACGUGCUUAGUGUAAGUUACAAUAGCUUCUCAUUAUAAAGUGGGAGUGAUUGUGUGAAGUGGUACAAAAAUCAUCUUUUUCGCCUAUUGGAGCCAACUGCCGGGUUGUGCAUGACUCCAGGCGGUGUGCACUGAAGGCGUUCAUCACGAGAUAUUGAAACGUACAGUUAAGCGGUGGUUAUGGCGGACGCGGAUACAGAGAGGCUGCCUAACGGCACAGCAGCGCUCUCCGCCGAAGAGGAGGAGCGGCUGAAACAGCGCCCGGCGGACAUCGACGCUGAUGUCCGUGAGAUGGAGCGUCGCAAGCGCGUGGAGGCGCUGAUGUCAUCGAAGCUGUUCCGCGAGGAGCUGGAGCGCGUGCUGGACCAGCAGAUGCACGAGGGAGGCGACGCGCCACUGCUGCAGCGCAUACGCGAGAUGGUCGGCGGGCGGCUGCACACCGGUAGCCUCAGGGGUCCCAGCUGCGUGUUGCCCAUCAACGACAUCCGCGGCAUCGAGGGCAUCGGCUACGAGAAGGGCGAGAAGAUCUUGCGCUGCAAGCUCGCAGCCGUCUAUCGCCUCGUCGACCUGUUCGGCUGGACCCAGACCGGCAUCACGGGUCAGAUCACCGCUCGUCUGAAUACGGCGGUGGAGCAGGUGCUGACGACGCCACGCGGACUGCUGCCGCACGAGGUGACCGCCUCCUCGCUCGUCAAGGUGGAUAUGCAGGGCGCCGUCCAGGACCAGGGCACCACCAACUUCCCCAUCAACGUUGAAGGGUUCUCGCUGCACGCGUCGGUGCACGCGGCGCGGCCGGAUAUCCGCUGCGUGCUGCACGUGCGGUCGCCGGGCGCGCUGGCGGUGUCGGCCACGCGCCGCGGCCUGCUGCCGCUCUGCAACGAGGCCGCGCUGCUCGGAGACGUCGCCUACCACCGCGUGCCGCACGGCAUGCUGGACAACGAGGAGCGCGACAAGCUGGUGCGCGCGCUGGGUCCGCACGCGAAGGUGCUGAUGCUGAGCAGCGCCGGCGCGCUGUGCUGCGGCGCCACGCUGGAGGAGGCCUUCCACCAGGCGCGCCACCUCACCGCCGCCUGCGACGUGCAGCUGCGCCUCGCCGCGCUGCCGCUCGACGAACUCAACAUCAUCGACGAGGACACCAGGAAACAGAUCUACGAGUCGUCUCGCAAGCCUCCGUCGGACGCUACCAAGUGGCGCGUGGGCGGCGAGGAGUUCGAGGCGCUGAUGCGCAUGCUCGACAACGCCGGCUUCCGCACCGGCUACAUCUACCGGCACCCGCUCAUCAAGAACGACGUUCCCAAGCCGAAGAACGACGUGGAGGUCCCUCCGGCCGUGUCCUCGCUCGGGUAUCUACUCGAGGAGGAGGAAUUGUACAAGCAAGGGUUAUGGAAGAAGGGCCAGGGCAAGACCGGCGAGCGCACGCGCUGGCUCAACUCGCCCAACGUGUACCAGAAGGUCGAGGUGCUGGAGACCGGCACCACCGACCCCAAGAAGAUCACCAAGUGGGUGGACGCUAACAACGAAGAGUGGGUCCAGGACGGGUCGCCGGCUCACUCGAGCACCCCGGUGAAGAUCGACACGCUACAGUUUGUGCCCAAAAACACCAACCCCAAGGAGUUCAAGCAGCUUCAACAGCAGAUCAAGGAGAACCGUCGCGCGGAGAAGAUCAGCGCCGGACCGCAGUCGCACAUCCUGGAGGGCGUCACGUGGGACGAGGCCAGCAAGCUCGUCGGCGAGGACGCCGUCAACACGCACACCGGCGAUCACGUGGUGCUGAUGGGCGCGGCGUCCAAGGGCAUCAUCCAGCGCGGCUACCAACACAACGCGACCGUGUACAGCGCGCCGUACGCGCGCAACCCCUUCGACCACAUCACCGACAACGAGAUCGACGAGUACAAGCGCGAUGUGGAGAGGAAGCGCCGCGGGAACGACUACGACACGGACCUGUCGGAGUCGGAGGCGAUCAGCGCGGCGCAGUUCACGUCGCCCGCCAGCGCGCCCUCCGAGACCGAGGAGGAGUCGCGCGACGAACACCGCGUGCUGAGAAUAGAGACAAAGCAGGCGCCCGUACGCAGCCAGCCGGAGGUCGUGCUCAGCGAUGCGGACGCGACCGACUUCUUGAACGCGGAGCGCGCGCACGCCGAUCUCACCAGAGGCGAGCACACCGUCAACGGGGACCAUUCUGAUGCUCAUCAAAGCACCUUCUCUCAUAGCAGUAAAGAGGGCUCGCCAUCAAAAGAGGUGUCGACCGAGGACUCGCCGAAGAAAGACAAGAAGAAGAAGAAAGGCCUGCGGACGCCGUCGUUCUUGAAGAAGAAGAAGGAGAAAAGAAGGAGAAGUCCAGCACACCACAACCCGCCUAGAGAUAAAACCCACAAAAACACACUGCCAUUUCGCUUUCAAUACAAUAUGUUAAUGAUAAGGUAAAAGCUCCAUUAAUUGAAAUGUAACACGUUACGGCUUAUACAGUGUGUGUUUAGUUCGGUGGGCUUGUACAUAGCGAGGCGGGAAUGGAGCACUCUGUAUACGCGCCGGCCAUUUCGGCCACGUGACCAAAUUAGAAGGAAUUAAAUUAUUAUUGUUUGUUAUAUUGAAAAUUUUAACAUGAACUGCCACUUAGAACACGUCAAUUGCGGUCGACCGUUGUGUAGUUGCCUUAUAUAAAAUGGCCUCAAUUUGACAUCAGGUAAUCCAAAAUGGCCGACGCGUUAGGUGAUAAUAUUUGAAAGCUCUGUUAAAGUACAUCAACAGUUAAGACAUACAGAAGGUAAAUCUGUAGCGAGUGUGUAGACCGCUAUCAAAUUCUUCAAGUAAUCAAAAUUAGAUAGAUCUCAUUUAUGACAUUAAAAUAGAUUUUGACAGACUAGAGUAAGGUGUUUCAAUAUGUUCAAUUUUAAGUUCUGUAUGUCUUAAAUAUAAUUAAUAUAUGUGCGUAAUGAAACCCACCUAUUGGCUAUAUGGGCAAAGUUACAGGGGCGAUGCUGACAACCUUUCUCCCACUUUCAGAUUUUUAUAUUGCUGUCUCCCUCAUGCGAAUGUCAGUGUCCCUAUACUGUUAAGCUGCUACGAUUUCACGUUAGACGGCGCUCUCACUUUUCUGAGUAUUUUGCUCCACUUGUGAGUUUUGUGCUCGUUUUGAGCGAUUUACUCGAGACGAACGAAGCUUACUCUUCAGCAAUGUGCUUGAGUAUUUUGAUCAGAAUAGUUAGUUGUUUAUUGUGCUCUGGUUCAUUAUGGGUAUGUUGCUCAUAGUAUAUUGUUAAAUUGCGACGGAUUUGCCAACAGUCGUCGAUGUUGAGUUUUGAGCACUUUACUCAGAGUUGAGCAUUUUGCUUAGACGCGAGCACUUUGCUCACAGUCGAGUUGCACUGUGCGUUUUAGUGUGUAGACGCUAUGGUAUAUAAAUUAAAAACAGUUUUAUUAAUUUAUUAUGACUAAAAUGAAAAAAAAAAAAAACAAUAUUUGUUUUAUUCAAAAAAUUAUCUUAUGACUUGCCAAACGAGUUCUUAUGUGGAAAAUAUAUUUUGACUUAUUUUUUUAUUAUUAUAGUUUUUACUUUCCCUUCGACCUGUCGCGUGUGGUUUUGCAGGCUGGUAACACUGAAUAAGAUGGCAGCUGGAAUUCAGUUAAUUUUAAAUUAAUUUUAGUAACUUUUUGGGGAGAAACUCAUCAAGAAUCAAAGUACAAUGUUAUUGGGCAACUAUGAUAGUGUUUCCAGUUUAAUUAAAAUCAUAAAAAAACAGUAACGGUGUUGCCAACGUUGCUGAACCACUCGUGACGACGUUUUGGUGCAUUCAUCUUAUACAAAUAAUAUACUACAGGCAUUUAAUGCUUCUCGUGUGAUGGGGCCCGCGUGGGCACACACCAGUCGUGCUUUCGAAAGUUAUUAUAGUGUGGACCCCACAGAAAUAUUCCGAUUUAUCUCGUACUUAGUUGGUCAUAAACUCACUGAGCGUCAAAUUGUCGCGACACUUACACUGAUCUCCAUAGUGUUGUAAGUCAUAAGUAAAGCCAUCUAGCGACGAUCGAGUAGACAAUCAGACAAAUGAUGUCCCUCUCGGGCUCAAGUUUCUCCCCUUUUGGGGGGAGAGACCGUGGUACAUGAGUCGAGAACUCGGCGGCGCUACAGCGGAGUCCUACGACCAACAGUGCACCGAUAGAUGACUUCUUAAAGUUUGUGUGAAUAUUUCUGUGCGCGUCCACGGUAAAUUUAUAAUAUAUGUAAUGUUUUAGCACCUUAUGAAUAAGAAAUCCUUUAAAUUGUCUAGUUUUAUGUUUUUUUUUUUUCUUUAUUUCUGGACGUAAUUGUGGGUGUUUUGACUCGGCAAGCGAUUUUAAGGAUAUUUUAUAGUUAAAAUAGAUAAAUGACUUUUUUAUGUUUAUUAAAUGCAAUAAAAUAUUGAACGUUACAUUCACAGUUUUAUAAAUAUUCUUUACAAAUAUAAUCGGUUUUGCAAUUGAUUUGACCAGAAUGAAAUCUUACACGUUUUGUAUUUUAGUAUCGAUUAUUUUACCCGCUAUAGUUUUACAUCUGUCAUGUAUUUCGGCGGGAUAUGUGCUUGAUUAUAAUAUAGAUAUAUUUUAAUAUAAUUUCAAUGUUUCGUAGUGCCACGCCUAUGCCAAGUCAAAAUAGCCUCUAUUUAAAUACAGUACAUGAUUAUAGGGUUCUUUGUGUUUUUUAAAGACCCUUGUGCCCUUUCGCUUAUUUUUCUGUUUCGAUAAAAAUAUUUGACGCUCCUUUACGCCUUGGAAGGCGUCUUGGAAGUUAUUUUGUGGGACACCUUGAAUUAGAAAUAUAUAUACUUUUUAUUUAUCGACACGAAACAGUAAAAUACUAAUCGAAUUGUGUUUUUGCUUUAAAUUAUCUCAAUCAAAAUCGUUAAUGUAUUUAAUAGUUGUCAUAAUUAUUAAUAUACAUAAUUGGAUACGUUAUUUCUAGCGAACGAUUAUUUUAAUAUACAAAUAAGUGAAAGGGCUGCAAUUUGACAUUACCUAGAGCCAUCUAGUGUUUGAAAAUGACAAAUUGUUUCGACAUACAGGGUGUUGAAAAACACGCCUAUUUUUGAAUCGGCAUUACAAAUUUCAUUCUCCUUUUGGUUUCCGUCACAAAUGUUGCCGUACGGCUUUAUGUGUAAGUUAGUUUUAUGAGAAGUUAUGUUAUGGAACUGUACUGUGUAUUUUUUUAUUUCAUAAAAAUAUAUGCUAUUUCGAAAAUUUAUUAUGA